CACACACUCUCUCUCUCUCUCUCUCUCUCUCUCUCUCUCUCUCUCACUGGAGUUGCCGCUAUUUCGGACCGAGGGGAUGAUUUCAGUGCGUCGGAUUCGCGACGAUUGUCUCCUAAUUGCCCAGAUCCGACUGCGGUCUGCCGGACUUUGUAGGGGAACGGAGAUUAUUGCCUGUUCUCAAUGUUUAUCAAAUCCACGGCAGUCCGGGGUGCCAAUUCAACGCAGUGGAUCGCGUGCACAUCGUGAGGAGUGACAACUGACAUUUACGCGACGAGCCGCGCGAGGAAGGUCCGGAUCAACUUCGAAAAACGAAGCGCACAAGUUUUUUAGGUUCUGGAAUACAAGAAUCGAUGAUUGUCAGAGGACCGGAGACGACAUAGUCACACAUACGCCUACAACAUGUUCCAAAGGGGCUGUGGGCUGGAGUUCCUGCUGGUUCUCUGUGGGCUCGAGUUUUCCUGGUCCUGCCCCCGUCACUGCAUCUGCUACAUGGCACCCAGCACCGUCUCCUGCCAAUCCCAUAACUUCCUGACGGUCCCUGAAGGCAUCCAUCCCGACAAUGAGCGCAUCUUCCUACAGAACAAUAAGAUCCAUCGCUUACUCCGUGGACACUUCAGCUCCAAUACGGUCACUCUCUGGAUCUACUCCAAUAACAUCACUUAUAUUGAGCCGUCCACCUUCCACGGUUUUACGCUUCUUGAGGAGCUCGACCUCGGAGACAACCGCCACCUGCGCUCCUUGGCAGAAGAUACUUUCCACGGGCUGAAUCGGCUCAAUGCCCUUCACUUGUACCGUUGCGGGCUCAGUUCACUCCCGAACAACAUCUUCCAAGGCCUCAGAAACCUGCAGUAUCUCUACUUGCAGGAUAAUCAUCUGAAGUUCCUUCAGGAUGACACGUUCAUGGACCUCCACAACCUGAGCCACCUGUUCCUGCAUGGCAACCGUCUGUGGAGCCUCAACCAGAACACCUUUAGAGGUCUUCGAGCAUUGGACCGACUGCUUCUGCACCAAAACCAGAUUGAGUGGGUUGACCGCCUGGCCUUCCACGACCUGAAACAUCUCACCACCCUCUACCUGUUCAAUAACACCCUUGUACAGCUCUCUGGACAGUGCCUGGACACACUGCCCGCAUUGGAAUACCUACGCCUCAACGACAACCCCUGGUCAUGUGACUGCAAGGCCCUGUCACUAUGGGAGUGGUUGAAGCGCUUUCGAGGCUCCACGUCUUCGGUCGGAUGCCAGGCACCGGCUGAAGUUUUGGGGAAGGACCUGAAGGAUCUGCGCAAGGAAGACUUCCCCAACUGUUCACCCACCUUACCCAAUUCUGAGUCCAGAGCCCAGACUAACAAUUUAUCUGGCACAGUGAAUCCGUCUGCGAAUCGUGGUGUGGUGGUUGGUUCUGGAGGGCAGACCCACAUCGUGCACCCCUCAAGGCCUGGCCGCUCUCGGAACUGCACAAAGCCUCGUGUCAGGGGCAAGGGGAAGGGGGACAAUGAGGUUCACCACUCAAAGGAGGUCAUCGUAGACAAGGAUGAUUCCUCCCCCGAUUUCACAGACGGGGGGAAACAUGACCACACAUCCCCGGACGGUACCGUCACACGGAGGAAGCACAAGUGCACUCCCAGGACCACUGUUCGCCCCCCUAGUGGGGUUCAGCAGGCCAACAACAGGGCAACCUUUUCCCAGUCAUUACUACAUGUCUGUGCCCUCCUCACGGCCUUGAUAACGACAAAUAUUGACUUCAUUCUCCGUUGACCCUCAAAGGGUUUGGAAAAUGAGAGAAAGAUUAAAAAAACAGCCCUCAGACCCUCUCUUGCUCCUGCACUACCAGGCCUGUGUGUCUUUUAUGUAUGUGUGCGUGAGUGUGAUUAUUUGUGUAAAUGUAGUGUAGGGAGCUUUAGACUGAAACAGGCAUCUCGAAAGCAUCAAACAUCUACAGCACAAAGACUCACUGCACAAAAAUCGAGAGGACUGUGAGAAGGAGAGUAUGACAAAAGAUUAAUGCAGACCAAGCUUGCACUGCCAUUGAUGCCGGUAUGAUUUCAUCCGCAUAUGUCCUGGUACUUUGUGUAUUUUCAACUAGAUUUUCCCUCUACUGGAGCUCAUACAACCAAGGUCUGGUAAAAAUAGACAAAAGACAGAAGAGAUGACAGAGCAAAGGAGCUGAAGUUGUUAGCACUGAGAAAAAUAAGCUAGGCGUUGGAGUGCUCCAUCCAGCUUUAAAUUUACGUUCACAGUUUGUAAAUUCUUACCAAGCACAAAGUCAAUGACCCUGUCAGCCCCCAUGCGUCUGCCCCUUUUUUCUUUCAUUCUGUCUGCCAAAUGUAUUUUGUCCAGACAAUUGGGUGUAUUAAGUGUUUCUCGUGAACAAAGAGGUAAACUGUAAGCUUGGCAAUAAAUAGUCAUUCAGUUUCAUACAACGGAAUGUGCCAUUGACACAGCGAAACGGAAAUCUAUUGCCACCGAUGUUCAAAGGCUGUAAACAAAGCAACCAUUAGCUCACACGCUCUGCGGAGCCGUAACAAAUUGUUACAACAAAUAUCUGCACAAUGCCGACCUUUCUAACAGCAUUUCUCAUUGCUAAUACUUUUCUACAUACAGCUCUGAGUUCCAUCCUCACACACGCCACUUCUCUCCCUCUGUGUGCAACUGAAUAUUCGGCAGUCAACUGUUUAAAGAUGACGAGGACUCGAGGCACGCUUUUUUCAUUUGCUUGGAAAAACUAUGUGUGUUUGUCCCUUGGAGAUCAAGCUGUGAAUAUCGACGAAUUCUGUCUAUAUCUUGUCGUUCAUUUGAUUUUUAUCAGACACAAAGUGGACCUAGAGAGAGAGAUCCUGCUGCGGGGCCAACAGGAGCCUUAGAGGUGGAGGGUCAAAGAGGUGAUUUCUCAGUUUCCCGGUGAGGUUGUGCUGAACUGAUCCCCCCCCCGAGUGAGCGCAAACCUCCCUCAUUGAGAACGUGAGGGACACAAUCACUCAACUUCAAAGAAACAAAAGACUCGAAAAAAGAGUGCGUGUGAAAUCAAUGACUCAAUAAAGCAUUCAAAAAACAUUUUGAAAGGAGCAUGGUAUAACGAGGCUCGUACAGAAGAAAUUAUGCCACUUAAUUAACUGAUUGUCAAUGGAUGCGGGAAUCCAAGGCAAUCGGGUUCGUAGUACAAUGCAGAAUGACAUGUGGAGGAUUGCGGGACGUCUUGCUGUACUUCUGGAGCUUUUGUGCCUCCCUUAAAUCUACCGAUAAGAUGGUGUUUGUAUCAAUGUGAACUAUACCAGUAACAAUGGAGAAAAGAGGACUUCUUGCAGUGCUGAUAUUAAUCAUUUACUGUAUUACUAUGAGAAAAACAGUAUCAGUGACAUUGAUGAUGAUAACAGGGUUUUCAGCUCCUCCUUUUAGGAGGUGUCUUACGUUUGUUGAUUCGUUUAUUACUGUGAUUUGUUUAUUUACAUAUUUUUCAUGUUAUAUUUUUAGAGCCUUUUAUUUGUUAAUGCACAAUUUCUCACUUCCCUAUUUCUUGUUCUUGUUAUAUGCCUAUUCAUCUUCUUUCAUUGCCAUAAUUCAAACGUUCAGUAAGUUAUCAUCAGAAAACUGCAAAAUGUUUAUAAAGAUAUUAAAAUCUAUAUCUUCUUAUGUCCA